CCUCGUUGAGCGCCGCCGCGCCUGCUGACACCAUCGCGGGUUCUCCCUCGCGCCCACAUUUCCCCGCCCACUCUCCGCGGGCGCCGCGACCUCUCUUCCAGCUCGGUUUCCCGAACUCCACCCAACCAUGGCCCCAGAAAGGAGUGGGUCUAAGAAGCAGGAGCUCAACUCUCAGAAAAAGCUAGAGAAGAAGCUCAGCUUCUAUACAAAAGUGAAAGAUGCGGUUACCUCCCUACAGGCCAAAAAGGCUAUCAGUAAGAAAAAGAAACAGAGGAGCCGUCAGAAGAAACUGAAAGCAUAUGAUCUGUCAGCACUUUCUGAGUUCCUUCCACAAACAGCCAGCUCCCAGCAGCAGACGGAAGUAAAGCUUAACCGCAAAUCGAAGCAGGCUUUAGUGCAGCGAGAGUCUGCUCAACUGAAUGCUGUACUGAACAAUGCUCAGUUCCAGCUAGACCCAUUGGCUGCAAUUCAUCAGCAUCUGGUAUCAACACAACCUCCUUCUUCCGUGAAAGACGACGAAUCUGCAAAGAACGCGAAGAUAUCUAGGAAGGACAAGAAAAGGAAAAAGAAGAAGAAAAAUGCUUUGUCGACCCCUCAGUCGAUGGAUAUCUGAUACUGCGAACUAACUGUCUAAAGUAAUGAACGCAGCUACUUUUCUUAUCUUGGUCUGUAGGUGACCCUUGUCAUCUGUGAACUUGGAAGUUGUAAAAUUUUGCUACCAGUGUGAGUUUUGUGUGUCUGAACUUCCAGCUUGCUUUUUUCUCGAAAGAAACUUACAGAUUGCUUGCAAAAUCACCCUGAAAGUUUGGAUUUA